CGUUACUGAACGGUACGGAAACCAAGUUGCAAGUUCGCUGUCCCGGCGCUCCUCAGACGGGGAGAGACUUCCAGAGGCGGCGGGCCCAGUGGCCGGGGUGCGGAACCGCCACCUGCCAUGCUGCUGCUAUGGGUGUCGGUGCUCGCCGUCUCGACGCUGGCGGCGCCGAAGCCGAAGCACAUCCCCAGCUCAGAGGACGGGAAGCCGAGAAUAGUCAAGGCACCUAACGUGGUGCUGUUAAUGAGCGACUCCUUCGAUGGAAGAUUAACGUAUCAUCCAGGAAAUCAGGUAGUGGAACUUCCUUUUAUUGACUACCUGAAAAAGCAAGGCACUUCCUUUCUUAAUGCCUACACGAACGCUCCAAUCUGUUGUCCAUCUCGUGCAGCAAUGUGGAGUGGUCUCUUCACUCAUUUAACAGAAUCUUGGAAUAACUUUAAAGGUCUAGAUGAAAAUUAUAUAACAUGGAUGGAUGUAAUGGAGAAACAUGGUUACCAAACACAAAAAUUUGGCAAAAUAGACUAUACUUCUGGACAUCACUCCAUUAGUAAUCGUGUAGAAGCAUGGACAAGAGAUGUUUCUUUCUUACUUAGACAAGAAGGCAGGCCAAUGGUUAAUCUUAUUCCCAAUAAGACUGAAGUAAGAGUGAUGGAGAAGGACUGGAAGCACAUUGAUGAAGCAGUACAUUGGUUAAGAACGGAAGCAAAAAAUAGUACUAAGCCAUUUGUCCUUUACUUGGGGUUAAACUUACCACACCCAUACCCUUCACCAUCUUCAGGAGAAAACUAUGGAUCUUCAACAUUUCACACAUCUCUUUAUUGGCUUGACAAAGUAGCUUACAAGGUCAUCAAAAUCCCAAAGUGGUUGCCUUUGUCAAAAAUGCAUCCUGUAGAUUAUUACUCUUCUUAUACAAAAAACUGCACUGGGCAUUUUACAGACAAAGAAAUCAAGAAUAUUAGAGCCUAUUAUUAUGCUAUGUGUGCUGAGACGGAUGCCAUGCUUGGUGAAAUUGUUGUGACUCUUCGCCAUUUAGACCUUCUUCAAAACACCAUUGUCGUCUACACUGCAGACCAUGGAGAGCUGGCAAUGGAACACCGACAGUUUUAUAAAAUGAGUAUGUAUGAAGCCAGUGUCCAUAUUCCACUCUUGAUGAUGGGACCAGGAAUUAAGGCCAAUCAUGAAGUAUCCACUGCAGUUUCUCUUGUAGAUAUUUACCCUACUAUGCUUGGUGUUGCUGGAAUUCCUGUGCCUGUGAACCUGAGUGGAUACUCUUUGUUGCCCUUAACAUCAGAACAACAUAAGAAUGUCCAUAAAGUUAAAGUGGACAACCUACGGCCAUCCUGGAUUCUGAGUGAAUUCCAUGGAUGUGACGUGAAUGCCUCCACCUACAUGCUUCUAACUAACCAAUGGAAGUAUAUAACCUACUCUGAUGGUGUUUCAAUAUUGCCUCAACUCUUUGAUCUUUCAUCGGAUCCAGAUGAACUAAUAAAUAUUGCUACAAAAUAUCCAGACUUUACUUCUUCUUUGGAUCAGAGGCUUCGUUCCAUUAUAAACUAUCCUAAAAUUUCUGCUUCUGUCCACCAAUACAAUAAAGAGCAGUUUAUCAUAUGGAGAGAAAGCACGGGAAAAAAUUAUUCAAAUGUUAUAGCAAACCUUAGGUGGCAUCAGGAGUGGCUGAAAGAACCAAGAAAAUAUGAAAGUGCGAUCAAUCAGUGGCUUAAAAGCCAUUCCACUUAAAAAUAGUUUGAACAAAAUUAAUAAUGUUCUAGAGCUACAUAGAAGUAUGUUAAUAUGUAUUUUAAAUGAAAGCUAUAGUAAUGGUAUACUAUUAAAGAGGAUAGAGAUCCUUGCAUCAGACUGUCUAAAUUCAAACCUUGUCUCAGUAAUUAAAAAAUGUGCAACUUUGGGGAAGUUACUAACAUCUCUGGUGUUCACUUUUCUAUAAAUAAAAAUAUGAAGAAUAGUGGUGACUAUAUAAACUUAGAACAACACCUGGAACAUGGUGAAGAAUUGAAUGUUAGAUAAAAUCAUCAUUAACACUUUCCUAAGUAUACUCUACAAAAUGGACAUUGUUUAUAUCAUUGUCGUAAUCUAGUCCAAUAUGUACUGAUAGGGUCAGGAAGAAUGUAAUAUCACUUGUCAGGAUACCAUCACAUCUAUCUAUCAUCUAUCUAUCUAUCAUCUAUCUAUCUAUAUUUUGACCUGUUUGUUUAGUUGUUAAAACUUAAGUUACUCUUUUAAUCCUUGCUUAUACUGUCAAGGUGAGACUUACUUAAAAUGGAAUUCGAAUGACAGAUUUGUUAGAGAAAUACAUAUGAAAUUGAUUUUUUUGAACCACAAUCAAAGAGAUUUUACAAAAGCAGCUCAAGGCUCAAGUGUUUUCAAGAAAAUCAUCCAUAAAUAUAUGAGAAUGAAAACUAGUGUCCUGAUGCACAGGAAAAAGUAAUAAAUACUUAAAUUAUUUAAUAAAUAAGUAGAUACUUAACACGGGAUCUGUUUUUCAGCACACACAAAAAAAUGUUUUUCUAUCUAUAAGAUUAGGAAGAUAUUUACCCGGAUUCCGGCUAUGGUUUCCUAAAUCUUUACUAUCUUCUGCUUUUACUCAAUUUUAAUCUAUCAUACAAUAGUCAACACCAUAAUGUACUGCACAUACUGCUGCUCAAAAUCCUCUAUGGAUUUCCCAUAUCACCUAGAGGAAAUGUUCAGUCUUCAAUUGGAUCUGGGGUGCCAUCAUGAUCUCUUCCCCUUUUCAACUUGUCCCUAAUUCUGCUUCUGUAAACAGGCCCCCUUGGGAUUUGAGAGAGGAUCCAAUCAGGUUCCUGUGUCAGAGAUUUUUUCUUUAUCUCUAUCUGUUACAUAUGUACAGACAUUUUCUUCUAGUCAAUGGCUUUUUAUUUUAUGCUUUUGUAAACAUAAACAUUUUCAUAAUGACAUUUCCA